CAGGGAACAAUCCUCACACGACAAGUCGACGACAAUGCUGCACGAGGCAGUUUUCAACGCACCGUGCAGCCACCGGAGCCACUCGCCUGCCGACCCAACAGGCCAACACCCUAUCCAAAACCAGAGGCAAGCCAAGCCAGGACGAGACGCACGCUGCAAGCACCCGCUCUCCGUCGCGCCAUGAAGUGCUGGUGCGUGCACGCGGCCAGGGGAGGAGCCAUGGCGACGCCGCUCUCCGGCCCCUUCGCCCCCACCACCGUCCUCCGCUCCCCGCUCCGGCUUCGCGCGCUGCUACUGCCGUUCGCUCCCCGCGCGGCCUCCUCCUCCGGCGAGGACCAGGAGCAGGCGCCUCCGGCCCCGGCCACCACCAAGACGGCCACCGCGGACGACGACUUCGAGGAGCGCGUCCUGCGGAUCAAGUCCCGCGUCGGGCCCAAGAAGCGCGGCGCGCGCAAGAAGAAGGCCGCGGCGUCCGCGUCCGCCAACGCCGUCACGCUCCCGCCCGUGCCGCUGCGGGAGCCCCGGUCCGCGCUCGGCGCGCCCGUGGAGUUCGGCUUCACCGCGUACAGCGAGCGGCUCAACGGCGCGCUCGCGGCGCUGGGGCUCGCCGCGCUGCUGCUCGUGGAGCUGGGAUCCGGGCAGGCCCUGGUCAAGUACCACCAGCCGGCCACGCUGUUCCUGCAGGCGUACACCGUCGCCGCGGCCGCCGCGCUGUUCGUCAAGUACGAGAAGGAGCGGAUCAGCACGUGGCCGGGGCCGCCGACCAAGUGAAUGAGAGCUCUUGUCGGGGGGAUUUUUGUUCUGGUAGGGUGCAUCUUUUCUUGUAACUUUACCUCUCGAUGUGUCUUGCCGGAAAAACAUAUGCUGUGAGUUGCGACAGCUGUGAAAUUUUUAACCAUUUGAGUAAAGAAAAGGCUUGAUUAAUCUUUGACA